AUGUCUUCAGAGGCGUUGCAAAGAAUUUCAGUUUUGAUUAAAGAUGAUGUAUCUCCAGAAAGAGUUAGGUCAGUGAAAGAGCAGUUAAUAAAGCAAAAAUCGACGAUCGACUACCAAUUGGAUAAGGAAUCGUCUACCUUUUAUGGCAAUGUUGAAAAAAGCUUGACAAGCUUGAAUUUAUCUCAACAAUCUGUAAAAAAUAUACGCGAACGCCUGGAAGAAGUGAAUAGCUUAAGUGAUAAGAAUAAGUCUGCUAUUUCGAGAUACGAUGUUAUAUUCACUUCCACGAGGUUGUAUGAAACCAUUGAAAUGACUUCCUCUAUUUACGAUAAUAUCAUUGCUUUCCAGAAACUAUUACAGGGAAUUGAUGACAUGUUGAAGGCAGAAGUCUUAGAGGAUCCACUAGAUUCGGGUUGUCCCGACUUACUUCACAUUCAUUAUUCGUUAUCAAGAGCGCGUGAUUUUGAAGACCAGAUACUUGUGAUGGCUGCAGUUUCGACUGACGAUAUACAGAGAACUGCACGUCGGCUCUUUUCUCAGGUAUCGGAGCAUGUAGCCCAGUUUGACAAGCUACUCGAAUCUUUGAUAUACGAUCUUGUCGAGAUAGUAAGGUCAGAACAAAUUUCACUCGCUAUUCGAUUUUUUAAAAUCAUCGCCUUGGAGGAACAAGAAGAUCUGCGAAUAGAGGCAAUUAGGAACAUCGUUAAAAAAAAAGAGAUAGAAUCUGAAAAGAGCACCGUAAAAAAACUGCCAAAUAACAAGCUUUUAGCAAACCUGCAGUCAAGGGAAGAAGAGAUUUUGGACUACCCGACUAGUAGAGGAUUAUAUGAGGAGAUUCUUAGUGGUACUAUAACGACAAGAACGAAACCUCGUGGAUAUAAGAAUUUUUUCCUUAAUAAGCUUAAACAGUCUGUACGUGAUAUGUUUGUCGAAGUAAGGAAAGAAUACCAGGGAGAAAAAAGAUUUGAAGUCCUUAAUAGCUUGGAUUGGGUUUUUAAUGAAGUUCUAGUGGUGAAAGAUCAUGUUACUAAGUAUUGUCCGAAAUAUUGGAAUAUCUUUGAUGAAUAUUUUAAUAUUUACUAUGAGGAAUUGCAUAUACUUAUAACUGAACUCGUAGAGUCAGAGCCAGAAACAUCAAUUAUACUAGAUAUUCUCGAUUUUGAUAGAAAUUUCCAAAAAGUAUUGGUAGAUGACUUUGGAUUUUCGAAGAAAGUUAAGAAAAGUGUCAUUGGAGAUGAACAAAGAACCCAGCUAUUUGAUGAUUAUUUAUCCCUAAUUGUUGUCAAAAUGGCAGAAUGGAUUGGAAAUUUGGAAAAAGCAGAGUUCGAAGUCUUCAGAGAAAGAAAAACUCCUCCCCAUACAGAUUCGGAAGGACUAUUAUACCUGGAUGGUACAAGGACAUGCUUCCAAAUGUUCACACAGCAAGUUGAAGUAGCUGCAGAUUCCAGUCAAGCAAAAAUUCUUGUCGGUGUUAUCGAUAAAUUCUGUGGUCUAUUAAAGGAACGUCAAAAGAAAUGGAUGAAGAUGGUUGGUGACGAUGUUGACAAGCUCUUAAUUUAUAAUGAAAAAUAUGACAAUGAUCCCGAGAGUAUAUCACCCGAAGAAGAGUGUUCAGGGGGGCUUGUUGAAUACGUUGUUGCCAUUGCAAAUGAUCAAAUGAAAGGAGCAGAUUAUUCCGUUGCAAUUUCAACAAAAUACGGCAAAUUAGUGACAAAGGGCUAUGAAAGAUCAAUAACACAACAUAUUGACGAAACGCUUGAUGGAUUCGCAGAGGUAGCAAGAUUUUGCUCCAAUGAAUUAAUCAAAAUCAUGUUUGCUGAUUUGGCAAAUACAUUCACCGAGAUCUUUUCUAAAAGCUGGUAUAGUGGCUCUCAUGCAAAGCAAAUUUCCGAUACAUUGUAUGAAUAUUUGAUUGACAUUAAAAGUCAGAUGAACGUACUUGUCUUUGCAAGUCUUCUGGAAGGUGUUGUGGAAGAAACCAUUUUAAGGUUUAUUAGUGCCUUAAAAUACGAGCACAAUUUCAAGAGUAAACAUAACAAAUUUCUGGACUGUAUGAAAAGAGACUUCGAAAUAUUUUACAGAGUUUUUGUCCAAUUAGUACCAGAAACGGAAGAUAAGACAUUGAUAAUAGAUAAUAAAUUCAAGCUAAUGGAAUACUUCAUGGAUUUCAGUUGUGGUCCUCCAGAGACUAUACUCGCAACGUGGGAAAACUGCCUAUCUGUAUAUUGGGACACACCAAUUGAGUUACUGUCAGCAAUAUUGAGUUGCAGAAAGGACAUCGAUAAUUCUUUUGCUAAGAAAACUAUUGCGAAUGCAACUGAAAUGAGCAAUGACCCUGCAAGAUUACAAAAUUUACGUGAAAAUGAACUACAACCCACAUUUAUUGCCAAAUUUACACAGAUGAUGUGA